GACAAUUCACAUUUCACACAGUAGGUGGUCUACCAAACAAAGGCUUCGCCUAUAGGGCUCGAUUCAUCCAUUAACCUCUCGCAUACGCGACCACCGCCACAACCACUGCAAGCUCCCCCGCCACCACUACCUCGGCAGCCACCUGCUCCGCCGCCAUGCCGAAGAACAAGGGAAAGGGAGGGAAGAACCGGAAGCGGGGGAAGAACGAGGCCGACGACGAGAAGCGCGAGCUGGUGUUCAAGGAGGACGGCCAGGAGUACGCCCAGGUCCUCCGCAUGCUCGGCAACGGCCGUUGCGAGGCCAUGUGCAUCGACGGCACCAAGCGCCUCUGCCACAUCCGCGGUAAGAUGCACAAGAAGGUCUGGAUCGCCGCCGGCGACAUCAUCCUCGUCGGCCUUCGUGACUACCAGGACGAUAAGGCCGAUGUCAUCCUCAAGUACAUGCCUGAUGAGGCCAGGCUCUUGAAGGCCUACGGAGAGCUGCCGGAGAACACCAGGUUGAACGAGGGCAUCGCCGGCGGCCUCGACGAGGAGGAUGAUGGUGCCGGGGACGAUUACAUCGAGUUUGAAGACGAGGACAUUGAUAAAAUCUAGGGUUUGGGUUCUGUUCUAUAUACUCGUAAAAAAAUCUCUAGGGUUUGGCUUACAUUAUAAAUCGAGUAAACUCCAUCUCUCUGUGGUUUUUCCUUUUAUUUUUUUUCCCGAAAUAUACCUAAUUUUGAUUGUUACAUUACACAUGAGGAGUUUGAUGCGAGUAUGUGAUGUUUUAUGUGAUUGCCGUAAAUCUGAGAUUUGCUCUUCUGAAA